AACAAUCAAACAAUUUAAAAAGAAAAUUAAACUUUUAGGUUAGAAUUCCCAAAAAUGUGUUCUUCUUUACAUCAGUUUAUAAACAUAUUUUACUUUCUUUAGUUACAUUUUUCUAUGAUAACUACAUAAAAUUUAAACUAUCGUUAUCGGUAAAGUUAUCUACUAUUGGCUUUUUAAUUUAUUAUGAGGCGAUCCUUUGCUCCUUCGCAGAAGUGGAAACCACCUCAAUCAGCUUCUGGUGCAUCAGUUUCUGGUUCGCAGAGUCGAGGUCGUGGAACUUCGCAAAUUCUACAGCUUCUGAACAGUGACUCUCAGGAAUGUGAAAAUUCAGUUGAAACUGAAGAUAGCUGUCAAUUGAAAGAUGACCUUUCCCCUAGUAGCCAAUGCUUGGAAAGUGGUCAAGUGCAGCCAACCCAACAAGACAUUGAAACGAAAUCUGAUUCCUCACAAGAAACUCCCACUAGCAAGAGAUACUUCAACGUAGUCUAUGGUAAACAGUCGAAAAAAAAGCACAAAACUUGGGAGGGUGACGGAGUUUUAGAAGUCGGCGACGCUGUCGUCGUUUUAAAGGACACUGAUGGCAAAGUUCUUGGAAGAGCGUCUGGGAAAAAAUUUGCCAAAAUUGAGGAAGGAAAUCAAUUUUAUGUGGGCAGCAAAGAGGUUGAGAUCCUUGAUGAGAUAAACAGUCAGGAUGUUACCUACGAUAAACAGCCGCUGAAAUCAAAUGAAAACAAGACAAAAGAAAGUUGUCAGCCGCCUAAAAAGAGACAGAAAACUGAAAAAUUUGAAAAAAUGUUCUCGUGUCCUCUAAAAUCUCGCACUGCUUCUGAAGCAUCAACGGCUCUAAUGAUGCCUCGCCCCGAUCAUGAUCAUCAGUGGAAAUUCAACACGGAAAACGUAGAGGUGAGGAACGUUCACAUCGACCCGCGGCUGGCCAGUAAACUGCGCCCCCACCAGCGCGAGGGAGUCACCUUCCUGUAUCGAUGUGUGGUCGGUCUUAGGAGUGGCGACCACUUGGGUGCAAUCCUCGCUGACGAAAUGGGUCUCGGCAAAACGCUGCAAACUAUUACUCUAGUCUGGACAUUGUUUAAACAAGGACCGUAUGGUGUUCCAUUAUUGAAGCGUGUUCUGAUUGUGACACCAAGUAGCUUGCUGGGAAAUUGGAAUAAUGAGUUCCAACGGUGGCUAGGAAGGGAGAGAAUCCAUGUUUAUGUAGUCGACCAGAAAAAUAAAUUCGUCGACUACGAAAAACAGCCUAGGACACCAGUGAUCAUAAUAUCAUACGAGAUGUUUGUAAGGUGCCAUGCUGAUGUGUGCAAAUACAAGUUCGAUCUUGUCAUAUGUGAUGAAGGUCAUCGCCUCAAGAAUAACGCUAUCAAAGCAUCCACGCUUUUGAAUAAUAUCGAUUGCAAAAGACGAAUUAUAUUGACUGGCACUCCGAUCCAGAAUAACCUGCAAGAAUUCCAUGCAUUGGUCGAUUUUGUCAAUCCUUCUAUCCUAGGAACCUAUUCAGAAUUUUUAAUUGCAGUUGUGUAUUGUUUGCAGAAACUUUUGUACGAAGCAGCCGUCGAUUUCUGGGAGAAAAGACUGGAGAAAGAGAGCGCUUCAAAUCCUGUAUCCCAUCUCUCUGUUCUUAUUCAGCUGAAGAAAAUCAGCAACCAUCCGUUCUUGAUUUACGAGGAUUUUGAGGGCGAAGACAGUAACACAGAGGAAACCAAAAACGACGUACGCAAACAUUUGGCGAGUACACUGGAUUCGAAUGGCGGGACUUGUGAGGGCGACUCUAGCAAACUGAAUGUGCUAGCCACUCUGCUCGAAAAUCUACGAAAUUCCAGGGAAAAAGUUGUUGUUGUUUCUUACUACAAACAGACUUUGGACCUGAUAGCAGCGUUCUGUGAGCAAAAGCAGUUUGCCUAUUCGCGGUUAGAUGGCUCAACGCCCUCCACCCAGCGCACAAACAUCAUUGCCAACUUUAACUCAUCUGCUUGCACACAUAGUGUGUUUCUGCUAAGCGGCAAAGCAGGCGGAACGGGACUGAAUCUGGUCGGCGCCUCUCGACUUGUGCUGUUCGAUUCGGAUUGGAACCCCGCCUCCGAUCAGCAGGCUAUGGCCAGGAUAUGGCGCGAUGGACAGUCCAAAUCUGUGCAUAUUUACAGGUUGCUGACGACGGGAAGUGUUGAGGAGAAGAUAUUUCAAAGACAAUUGAGCAAAGCUUCCCUUGGCGAAACUGUAGUAGAUUUUGUGGCCUCCAAUUCAACAGUGCGCUUGUCAAACAAGGAGUUGAAGGAGUUAUUCAUAAUUCAGGACAGUCUCUGUUUCACUCAUGAUUUGAUGGAGUGCACGUGCAAAGGAGAUGGUGUUGUCGAAGACAAGGAAAAUGAUGAACUGAGAAUCGACGAAAGUCAGCUGAAUCUGCAAACUGCGAAGAAAACGGCAAAUGCUAAUCUGAAAAUGAAUCAGCUUUUUCACUGGGAGCACCAUUGCAGUCCUUUCAAUUCCACGCUGUUGAAGGAAAUGGGACUGGAAAAGGCAGACAAUUUCAUCUCUUUUGUUUUUCGCAACACAACUUCAUGAUCAGAUAUCAAGAUGAAUUUGUGCAAUAGUGGAUUAGUGAACUUAGUAUUAUCAAAGACAGACUCAACAGAAAGUCUCAUCUAUGGUAUUAUGUAUGUAUAUUGUAUAGUAUUUUUUUCAAAAAAUUACUGAUGAGUGUUAAUAAUUAUUCAUAAUGUAGUAUCAAUAUAUCAUAAUAUUAACAACAUGGUAUCAUUGAUCAUUGAUCAUGUAGAAGAGCUUUAAUCAUUUGAUGUAAGAACUUAGAGUUUGAGUACCGACAGUUGAAUAAAUAUUUUUGGAAAAUAGAGCGAGUACGGUAGCCUACCUGUACAAUAAACCUGUUCUUAUUUUACUAAUAUUGUUACAAUGGUUGUCGAAUUAAGUGUUUGAUAAUGAAUGUAAGAAGCUCAAGAUAUAAUCUAUGAUGAUAUGAGGCAUUGUGAAUAUUGUAUAAAUCUUUAACUUUUCUACUGUGUUGAACCAAUAAAUGGAAAUAAACUUGAAUAAAUAAUUUCCGUAUGGAAAUUAUCAAUAAAUUUUGUCGUUUGUUUCUAAUCUGCGCGUUUGGUCAUGAAUGAUCGGACAUGCACUUGCACAUAUGUGGAUUACAUCACGAAUUUCAUGGAAAAUGCGAAUUUAACAUUUUUGACAAAAUCCACGAUGAGGUGAAUAACUCGCCCUGUAUUGUAGCGAAAAGUCUC